CGAGAUCGCCGCAUUAAGUUGUCAAAAUUUGUGAGAAUAGGAAGUGCGUGGCAGUUCAGUUCGAUUCGAGACAAAGCAGCGAGAUUCUAGCCCAGCGAUCAGAAUCAAAAUCAGAAUCAGAGGCAGGCAACAGUAUCAGCUAAGGCCCAGAUCGGAUCACGUCGGAGCGGGACUCUCGGGUGGACAAUCGUCAGGAAUCAAGCACUCGACCUAUUAAAACCUAUUAAACCACAAGCAAAACAAAUUAAUCGACGGCGGUUACCAUGCAAAUUCACCCGAUCCUAAUCGGAAAUUCAAUCACAAUAACGCUACCGACCUGUUAAUAGUUUAAUUUGCGGUCAUAAAUAAUAACACAAGAAUUAAUUGAUUUUCGUCAUAAAUCAAUAAAUAACUAACCCACUAACCAGCCGUUCAAUCCAGUGCACCCGUUGAAAAGGAAGGGGAAAAUACUGAAAAAAAAAAUAAAAUAAAAUCAGAUCGCGCCCGAGCUAAAGUUUUUUAGGUGCUGAAAUGAAACUAUUUACCAACAAAAACCAGCGCAAUGCAAAGCUGCUGCGCAGCGCUGCCCUCGGGAUGACCCUGCUGUUCUUCGGGUCACUGGUCCUCAUCGCGGACCCACUCCAAAGCAUCCUGGACGCGCAAUUGAGCUUGAAACCAGGCGCCCUGCUCCACCGACUGUGGCUGUCGCCACCGCUGGAUGUGUAUAUUAAUGUGUACAUGUUCAACUACACCAAUGUCGAUGAGUUCACGGCGGGCAGGGCAUCCAAGUUGCAGCUCCAGGAAGUGGGACCUUACGUUUACAAGGAGGUAUUGAGUAACCACAACGUCACCUACAACGAGCCCAACAAUACCAUCACUUUUGUACCAAAACGGGAGUAUGUCUUUGCACCGGAACGAUCUGUGGGCGAUCCCAAGGUCGACCGCAUCCGGGCACCUAACAUUCCGCUGAUGGGAGUGACCACACUGGCCUCCAGUCUAUCGAUGUUCGCCGCUUUGGGACUCAGUGCCAUUACCAGGCAGCUGGACUCGCAGCCCAUGCUGGAGAUGAGUGUCCACGACUACAUGUGGGGCUACGAGGAUCACCUGGUGGAACUGGCAUCUCGGUUCGUCCCCAACUGGAUUGACUUCAAGAGCUUCGGCAUAAUGGAGAAGCUCUUCCGGGAGGGAAAUGAGAGCAAUGUGUUCAACAUGAACCUACCGGAGCCAAAGGACAAGUAUGGAGUGAGGGUCACUGAUGCUCCUCGAGGUUACACCGUGGACAGCGUUAAUGGAGAACGUGGAUUCAAAGGUUGGGACUACAACCAGGAGACAAAUGGAACCAUGUGCAAUCGCAUCUGGGGCAGCCACGAUGCCACACUCUUCCCGCUGGACAUGGAUGAGAACGACGAGUUCUUCCUGUACAGGCGAACCUUCUGCCGGCGACUCCCCGUGAAGUUCAAUCGCACCACCAGGUACAAUGGCCUUGAUGCCUACGAGUUCGUGAUGGAGCCGGACUCCUUCGAUAGCGACGUGGACAACACCAACUCCUCGUGCUACUGCAAAAACAACCGUUGCCUUAAGAAGGGAGUGGGAAGCGUGUCACCCUGUUACUACAACAUUCCUCUAGCGAUUACGUAUCCGCAUUUCAUGCAUGCCGAUCCCAGUCUACUGGAGCCAUUCGAAGGCCUUCAGCCCGAUGAAGCGCGUUUCACGUCUACCUUCGUCGUGCAACCGCAACUGGGAGCUCCGAUGCAGGGCACUCACCUGCGGUUGCAAGCCAACCAGGUGGUGGGCAAGGUGAACUUCAACCGGAUGAUGUCGCCCUUCGAGAACAUGGUCCUGCCCCUGCUUUGGGUGGACCUGAACAUCGAUGUCCUGUGCCUGAGCCUGCGCCUGCUCAUCCAUGGCAUCAAGUGGGGCUUCCCGCUGCUGCAGUGGAGCGCUGCCUUGGGAAUGCUGCUGGCCGGCGUUUACCAGCUGUGCAGCGCCCUGAUGCUCUGCAUUUGGCCACCAACCAAACAGUUCCAGAAGGUCGAUCAGAUUGAGCGGGGCACGGCCAUUCAGGUGAUCAAUGCUGGACUUAGUUUGGCCACUGGGCUGAGGAAAUCCUCGCUUCAGCUGGAUCCAGAGGAGCAGCUCAAUUUGCUCUUCGGCGGCGGCACCAUCAUUCCUAAGUUGGCCAAGGCGUAACCCAGGAUCGGAAUGCUUACCUCAACUCAAGAAGGGGCAACACUGUGAUAUUUAGGCUUAAGAUUCGGUGUAAAUUAUUGUGCUCAUCGGAAACAACUUAGGGAACGUCCUUGCCUACGUACUAGUUAACAAUAACUAUAAGCUAGGGCUAAAGUUAGAGUGGUAACAGUAAGCAAUGUACAGCUGAGCUUGCACUCGAUAAAUACAGGUCGAUAGCUAUCUAA